AGCAUCUCCACCUUUGCUCAUACCAUGUCUUUCCGUAUCGCCCCCAGUGCUCGCCCUGAACUUACCACCAAGUCGACUUUCGACACAUCACACUCCGAAUUCGGUAGUCAUGACACACUUCGUUACGGUACUCGUUCAAUCAAGACAGAGGUCACACCUGGCCACCCCCUCGAGCACAGACUUAGCCAGUGGGGAGAGACACAAUGGGAACUUAAGUUGAACAUGGCACGCCAGACCUAUGGUAUGCAUGCUCCAAUUCGCAUGAUGAUGGAGAGAAGUUUGGUCGGAAAGCACGGUCGCAUGCCUGUACUGCCAUCUUCAAACCUUCAUAUGGAUAUUUUGAUGGGAAAGGAUGAGACUAUCGACUAUGAAGAUUUCUUGAAUGAUCCUUCCCUGUCUACUGACAUGUUGGAUAUCCAUGCCGCUAUGGAGAAGAAGCUCAACCUUUAAAUGGAUCUCCAACAAACUUUUUUUUUCACUAUGAUGUCCUAAAGAAAUAUAUCGCCAAUAAAAUAAACCAAGAUUGAUUGAUUAAAAUGCUUU